UCAGGUCUCGACCACAAGCAGAGAGGUUUCGCCGUGUGCGGGUUCAGGGUGUGGAUCUUGUAUGUGGAGCCGUGUGUGGCGCAUCGACCUCCAAUUCAUAGGAUAUUGACUUGCGUAUGGUAAGUUAACCAUGCACCUUGGCACGGUGUUCACCCUUCUUCCAGUGAUGCUGCUCCUCAAAGCGCAUCCAGGCUGCUCGCUCCAGGAGAUCCAAACCACCCGGGAGACCCUGUCCAAGAUCAACGCGGCUGGAGAGAUGAUGGAGUGCUCUGCACCGAUGGACGUGGUCUUCCUAUUGGACGGCUCCUACAGCGUGGGGAAAGGAAGCUUCGAGCGGUCGCGCCACUACGCCCUCAGACUGAGCCGGGUCAUGGACAUCGGACCGGACAAGGUGCGUGUGGGCGUGGUUCAGUUUGGCUCCUCCCCUCGGCUGGAGAUCUCUCUGGAUGAAUGUUCUUCCACAGAGGAACUGACCAAACGCUUGAAGAAGAUAACCUACAGGGGUGGCAGCACCCAGACGGCCCAGGCCUUCCAGUACCUCCUGAGGAAGGGCUUCCCCGGGGGCCGCAACUCCUCGGUUGUGUCCCGGGUGGCGGUCCUCCUGUCGGACGGCCGGUCCCAGGAGGGCUUCCCCAAGGGGGGGCUGGUCCAGGCGGCCUCCCAGCUCAAGGAGAGCGGGGUGGUGCUGUUCGCUGUGGGCCUGCGCCACCCCAGAUGGGAGGAGCUACACAAGCUGGCCAGUGCACCAAUGGAGAGCCACGUCUUCUUCGCAGAGCAUUUCUCAGACGCCGUGAACGGCCUGUGCACCACGCUGACCUCCUCGUCCGUCUGUGAUGCCACACCAACAGGCUGCCAGGUGCGCUCGUACCCAUGUGAGAGGAAGACUCUGGAGAAGGUGAAGGAGCUGCACGGGAACUUCAUGUGCUGGAAGGGGGGCAUGGGCGCCUCCACCUACACCUCCCUGUGUCCACACUACAAGUACACAAAGGCUUACACAAGGCACCAGACAGUCUGUCAUCGAACCAUAUGCCCAGACCCAUGUGACUCUGAGCCCUGUAUGAACGGGGGGACGUGUGUGUCCGAGGGUCCGGAGGGCUACCGCUGUGUCUGUACCCCGGGGUACGGGGGAGACCCCCACUGUGCCCCUGCGCUCUCAUUGGACUGCUCCGUGGACCUGCUCUUCCUGGUGGAGGGCUCGGCCAUGCUGGGGAUGGAGGGCUUCCUGCGCCUCAAGGCCUUCCUCAAGCGCUUCCUGCAGACCGUCAUGGCCUCGGACACGCCCACUAAGGUGGGGCUGGCCGUGUUCGGGCGCGAGGUGCGCGUGGAGGCCCAGGUGGGCCGCUUCCGGGGGGACGUGCGGGGGCUGCUGGCGGCGGUGGACGGCAUGCAGCCGGUGGGCGGGCCCACGCGGGCGGGCCAGGCGCUGCGCCACGUCACGGGCCACGGCUUCCUGAGCGCGCCGGUGUUCGCCGACGUGACGGACGACCUGCCGCGCGUGGUGGUACUGCUGACCGCCACGGCCUCGGCCGACGAGGUGCUGGAGCCCGCGCGCUACGCCCGCGACCGCGAGACCUUCCUGAUCGGCCUGGGGCCCGAGCGGCUCCGGGGCCAGCUGGACAACGUCACGGGGAACCCCCAGCGCACGCUGACGUACUCCGGGGCCGGGGGCCUCAACGCCAAGAUCCCCGAGCUGACGGCCAAGAUCUGCAGCGUGGACAACCAAGGCUGCCUGGGCCGCGCCCUGGACCUGGUCCUGGUGGUGGACGCCUCGGCCGGCGUGGGCCGGGACAACUUCGCCACGCUGAAGGAGUUUGUGCGCGGCGUCACCGUGCAGUUCGACGUCAACCGCGACCUGGCGCAGGUGGCGCUGGUGACCUACGGCCGCCGCGCCGGCACCGAGUUCCCGCUGGACGCCCACGCCUCGGGCUCGGCCGUCCUCGCCGCCGUGGGCGAGGCGCGCUACGCGGGCGGCGCCGCCUCCCUGGGCGCCGCCCUGCUGCACCUGCGCGCCGAGGUGCUGACGGCGGGCGGCGGCGCGCGGCCCGGCGUGCACCGGGCGGCGGUGGUGCUGACGGACGGCGCCGGCGGCGAGGACGCGGCCGUGCCGGCCCAGCGUCUCCGCGACGACGGCGUGGCGGUGUUCGUGGUGGGCGUGGGCGACGUGCAGCGGGAGCGGCUGCUGCGCGUGGCGGGCGCCGAGGAGCGCGUGAUGGCGGUGCCCUUCUACGAGGACCUCAAGUACUUUGAGGACGUGCUGGUGCAGAUGCUCUGCGCCGAGCUGAAGAAACCAAUGGACCCGUGUAAGCCCAACCCUUGCAUGAAUGACGGGAUCUGCAGCCUAUUAGGAGGGAGCUUCCGCUGCGAUUGCCGGGACUUUGAGGGACCUCAGUGUGAAACCAAGAGCCGCUGGUCCAGGGGGGACCAGCCCAGACCGGACCCCCAAGAGAGGAGGACCAAGGGGGACCAGCCCAGACCGGACCCCCAAGAGAGGAAGAGCAGGGGGGACCAGCCCAGACCGGACCCCCAGGAGAGGAGGAGCAGGGGAGACCAGCCCAGACCGGACCCCCAGGAGAGGAGGACCAGGGGGGACCAGCCCAGACCGGACCCCCAGCAGAGGAAGGGCAGGCCGGGGGGAGGAGCCCUGCGAUGCUGCUGAGCCACUACAAGCUGCACCGCAGGAGGCAGGCCGGACACAAGGCCUGAGAGCACGCUACACACACACGAACCCUAACCCUAACCCUAACACACAUACUCAGGCCCUCAUGCACGCACACACAUACGCACCGUUUAAACACAGACUGCAUUCAAACACAACAGAUAAACAACCACGCAACAACUGAAAACACACACACACACAUACACUGGUGAUACGGUCGCAAACACACAUACAUGCACAUGAAUAAUGUACUGGUGUUUACACACACGCACGCCGCCAAAUAAUGGACUUUUGGUGUAAGUCAUUGGUUACAGUGAAGAAGAGAGAGAGGCGACAAUUGUACAUAUCCGGACUGAGUCGCCCUCAUGCUUCAGAAACCUUUCUGCGCGGAUGAUGCAUUAUGUUUAUUAGAGUUUAUUCAUCGCCACUGGGAUCGAUGGGAUGUAGUUGUCUUUUGCCUUUUCACAUUCUAUGUUAUUCUAUGCUGAAUGCUUUUAGGAAUGCUUAAGGCGAUUACAUUUUGCAUUCAUUCAUUUUUAUUAUUUAAUAUUUCCUUUUUUCUCCCAAAUUGAAUUGUUAAAUUUUCGACUUGAUUAAAAAAGCAAAUCUA